CUGCUGCUUCCUAGAGCACGAACAUCACGUGAUAUACGUCCCGCGCUGCAGGAGAAGAGGGGGUGUCUUGGGCUCGUCACACGUGAGGUCUCGGCGAAGGCGUAAAGAUGGCAGCGGCCGGGAGUCUAUAUUGGAGGACCAGUCGAGAAUUAUGGACCAUUUUGCUUGGACGCUCCUCUAUGAAGGAUGGAUAUCAGAUCAAAGCAGAGCUCGAUCGAUAUGGAGACCGGCUCCUUCAGGGACUGGCAUACUACAAGCCUCCCAGCACAAGAUCCGCAGACAAAGUGAAAGCCAAUAAGAAUCUGUCUCCGGCCCUACAGGAGCUUGGUUUGCGACUCAGCAAAUUUCUGGCCCUGGAUGAAGAGCAGAGCGUGGAGCUGUUACAGACAUAUCUGCAGUACGAUUACAGAGGGACACAGGAAUCCGUAAAGGUUUUGCCACAGGACGAGAGGCAGAGUCAAGCUUUGAUGCUCAAGAUGGCGGAUUAUUACUAUGAGGAGAGGAUUUCCCUGCUACGCUGUGUCCUGUACAUUCUGAAUUAUUUCCAGGAUGACAAGCAUCCCUAUAGUGCGGAAUUCUCCAAAUGUGUAGAAUUGAUGGAGCAGAAGGAAUUAUUCGGCAAGUACCUGAAGCAGUUUGAAAGUCUCUGCAGGGAGGAGGCCCCGACAUGGGAAACUCAUGGAAAUUUCAUGACAGAACGCCAGGUGUCCCGGUGGUUUGUGCAGCGCUUGCGAGAGCAGGCCAUGCUCCUGGAGAUCAUAUUCUUAUACUUUGCCUGUUUUGCUGCUUCGCCCUCCGACCUACUAGCACUCACCAAACUGUUCAAGGAGCAAGGCUUUGGGUGCCGGCUGCAAAACCACCACCUCGUAGAACCAUCAAUGGACCCUCUGGUGGAGCGAAUUGGGUACUUUUCCAUCCUAAUAUUUCUGGAGGCGCUAGACAUGGACACUCUAAUGACCUGUUCUUUAAGUGACAAAAUAGAGCAGCAUCCAUUUUCUUCUGAGGAGCAGGUCUGCAAGGAGAUGGACAGUAUUCUGGUUACACUGGGAGACGUCCCACACCAUGGACCUGUGCUGCUGGCCUGGGCCCUGCUGCGUUUCACCCUGAACCCGGAUAAGGUUACCUCUGCUGUUCGUAAAAUGGGCAGCACCGCCAUUCAGCUCCAUCUCUUUCAGUAUUUAACUCGAAUGCUUCAGUCCCUUAGAAGCGGAGAAAAUAAUUGUACAACCAGCACGGCUUGUUUGUGUGUCUACACCUUUCUGGCAUAUGUUCUCUCCACCCUAGAGGAACAAGUCUCACAGAGUCAGCAGGAUCUUGUAGAAACAGCUUGCCAGGUGUUUGCUGCUCCGAAUUUACCCGAUCUCUUCUGGAACAUGGAACCCACAGCAGGCCUGGGGAUUCUUCUGGACAGUGUGGUUGGGAUGUUCCCAUUUCGCAUUUCACCUCUCCUAAAGCUUUUCACUGCUCUUGUCUCAAAAUCUUCAGCAAAAAAGGUGUACAGCUUCCUAGACCGGAUGUCUUCUUACACUGAGCACUACCGCCACAAGCCACAUGAUAUCCUAUCGCAUGAUGACGAGACGCUGUGGAAGAGGCAGACCCCUAAACUGCUCUAUGCACUAGGACUAGGACAAACCAAUUUGCGCAUCCCACAAGGGGCUCUAGGGCAAGUGAUGGCUGAUGAAAAUGGCUUCCUGGUCCGCUGGGAGUAUUCCUAUAGCUGCUGGACUCUGUUUACCUGUGAGAUUGAGAUGCUGCUGCAUGUUGUGUCUACGGCAGAUGUGAUCCAUCAGUGCCAAAGGGUGAAACCCAUAAUUGACCUUGUUCAUAAGGUUAUCAGCACAGACCUGUCCAUAGCUGACUGUCUUCUGCCCAUCACAUCACGGAUUUACAUGCUCUUACAGAGGUUAACAACUGUAAUGAACCCACCAAUGGAUUUCCUCUCGUCUUGUGUUGACUGCCUGACAGCGUUGGCCACACGUUUGCCUGCUAAGGUUUGGACAGACCUAAGACACACAGGGUUCUUACCCUUUGCGGCAAAUCCUGUCUCUGGGCACUUAAUUAGCACUGAAGGGAUGAAUGCUGGCGGUUACGGCUCACUUUUUGGCAUUGAGCAGUCACAAGGGGAAUACAGUGUCACACUCUCUUUUCUCCGCCUGAUCACCACCUUAGUGAAGGGACAGUUGGGAAGCACCCAAAGCCAGGGACUUGUGCCCUGUAUCCUCUUUGUGCUGCGUGAAAUGCUCCCAAAUUAUCACAGGUGGCGUUAUAAUAGUCACGGUGUGAGGGAACAACUAGGCUUCCAGAUCCUGAGUUUGAUUCAUGCUAUCCUCAACUUAUGCCCUGAGGAAGAGGAGGGCAGCAGUGCCCCAAACCUGCGAUCCCUGUGCAUCUUCAGCCUCACAAACACUGAGGCAGGACAGGCUGUCAUUAAUAUCAUGGGGAUCGGCGUGGACACACUCAAUACGGUCAUGCUGACUCAGGCUGGGAGCAGUGGCACCGAGGGCCAAGGGCAAAUGCUUAUGCAAACCAUUAAACUGGCUUUCUCCAUCACCAACAAUGUUAUCAGGCUGAAGCCCCCUUCUAGUGGGGUCUCCCCGCUGGAGCAUGCACUCACUCAGCACGGAGCUCAUGGGAACAAUCUAAUUGCUGUCCUGGCAAAAUACAUUUAUCACAGAUAUGAUCCGUCGCUGCCCAGGCUGGCUAUCCAGCUGCUGAAACGCUUGGCUAUGGUGGCGCCUAUGUCGGUGUAUGCCUGUCUGGGUAGCGAUGCAGCCGCAAUUAGAGACGCCUUCCUGAGCCGCCUGCGGGAUAACAUCGAGGACAUGCAGAUCAAGAUUAUGAUAUUAGAAUUCCUUACUGUUGCUGUAGAGACACAACCCGGCCUCAUCGAACUCUUCCUCAACUUGGAGGCGAAGGACACAAACGAGGGCUCGAAGGAGUACAGUCUUGGGGAGUGGAGCUGCUUGCAGGUUGUGUUGAAGCUUAUUGAUUCCCAAGACCCUGAGAGCUCCUGGGGUGCCCCUCUGCUCCACCGUUCAGCCAUCGCUUUCCUUCAUGCACUUUGGCAGGAUCGGAGGGACAGUGCCAUGACUGUCCUCAGAACCAAGCCCAACUUCUGGGAGAACCUAACUAGCCCCCUGUUUGGAACACUGGCGUGUCCAUCAGAAUCGUCAGAGCUGAGCAUCCUGGAGACCUGCGCUUUCAUCAUGAAAAUAAUUUGCCUAGAAAUUUACUAUGCAGUUAGGGGUUCACUGGGCGACUCCCUGAAAAAGAUCCUGAAGAAAUUCUCAGAGGAAGAGAGAUUCACUUACUGGUCCAACUACGUGCAUUCCUUGGUCUGCCAGGUGGCGGAGACCGAGGGAACCUGUAACUCACUCACGGAGUAUCAGCAGCUGCUGUCAGCUUGGAGAAUGUUUCUCAUUGUCGCAACACACAAUGCAGAUGUGAUGCACCUGACCAAUCCUGAGGUCCGACAGAAGCUAUUUAAGGAUAUCUUAGGUGGCACUCAAGCUCUGCUGGUUGUUCCCAGGUCGGUAGCCUGCAUGCAUCUCAGCUCCAUGCUUUGUACCGUGAUGAUCAUCUUACUCCGAAGGUGGAAAAAUGACCUAGCAGCCCCCGAGGACAUUCUCAACUCUCUGACACAGAUUCUGGAGGGCGUGUUGCAGAGAGAUCAGCAGCUGGUGGAAAAGACCAAAGCCCAAAUCUUCUCUGCCCUCAUCUCUGUGCUAGAAAUGAAGCCAAUGAAAGCCAGUGAGAUCCCCCAGUACUCCCAGUUGCUGCUCAAUGUGUGUGAGACCCUGCAGGAAGAAGUGGUUUCUCUUGUGGAUCAUACACGUCAUGAAGUCCCCGCCAGUGAUACCUCCGAGGACAAGGACAGCAUGGAGACCGAGGACACGGGCAGAAUCCGGCAGAAGGAUCAGCGUGAUGGAGUGUGUGUGCUGGGCCUGCAUCUGGCCAAGGAGCUGUGUGAGGCGGACGAAGAGGGAGACCAGUGGCAGCAAGUGCUCAGGAAGCUUCCGGUUCUGCCCAUUCUCUUCAGUGCCCUGGAGGUCAGCCUGCGCAUCAAGCAGAAUCUCCACUUCUGUGAAGCCAUUCUCCACUUCCUCUUCACACUCGCAAAAACCCACCAGGGAGCAGCUGCCAUGGCAGGUGCUGGGAUCACUCAGACUGUGUGUUUGCCUCUCCUUAGUGUCUACCAGCUAAGUUCCAAUGGGGCCGGCUCGGUCCAGCCAGCAGUGUCGCUCCGUAAAUCCCUGGAUGCCCCCUCCUGGCCCGGUGUCUAUCGACUCACUGUGUCACUCAUGGAGCGCCUGCUGAAGACCUUGAGGUACAAUUUUCUGAGCGAGGCGUUGGACUUUGUGGGAGUUCAUCAGGAAAGGAUUCUGCAGUGUCUGAGUGCCGUGCGCACUGUGCAGAGCCUGUCCUGUUUGGAAGAGGCAGAUCAUACGGUGGGAUUCCUGCUGCAGCUUUCCAACUUCACCAAAGAAUGGCAUUUCCACCUUCCACAGCUGAUUAAGGACGUUCAGGUGAAUCUCUGUUACCUGUGCCAGGCCUGCACUUCUCUCCUGCAUAGCCGCAAGAUGCUGCAGCACUACCUACAGAUAAAGAAUGGAGAAUCAAUGUCCUCCACUGCAACACCACGUGGGCAGCGGACUCCACAGACACCAUCGAAGCAGCCGACGGCAGAGAGUGAGGCGCUAGAGCUCAGGCAACUGCGCACUGUUCAGCACAGCCUUCUAAAAAUCCUGGGCAAAACUCUGGCCACUCUGCGAGCGUUCACCCCUGACCUCUGCCAAAUCCUGCAAGUUCAGCCUCUGGACCUGGCCCAAUAUAAUCUCCUGUUUGCGCUGAGCUUCACCACUCCAGCAUUUGAUGCAGAUGUUACCCCCUCCUUUGGAACCCUUUUGGCCACUGUUAAUGUUACGCUGAGCAUGCUGGGAGAGAUGGAUAAAAAGAAAGAUCAUCCCCUCAGUCGAGCUCUGGUGGAGUCCAACAACACUGGAGAGAGCAAGAACAACAAGUCUCUGCUGCUCUUCAUCAUGGAGAACUGCUUCUACCUGUUGAUAUCACAAGCUGUGCGCUACCUUCGGGACCCAUCUGUUCACCCACGGGACAAGCAGCGUAUGAAGCAAGAACUGAGCUCGGAGCUGAGUACACUGCUGUCCAGUCUGUCUCGUUACUUCCGGAGGGGUGGCCCCUCCUCUCCUGCCGGCGGCCUUAUGCCCUCCCCUCAGCCAAAGGGUGCAUCGGCUGCUAAAGUAGUCCCUGAAGCUCAGGAGCCCCUCAUCCAGCUGGUACAAGCAUUUGUGCGCCACGUACAGAGAUAAAGGAGAUCAGACUUUCUAAACAUCCAGGAACAGUUACAUUAUGUGCAGACACAGGGUACCCAGAUCCCUGUACCAACUGCAGUGCCAGUGUCUGGACUGCCUUGAAACAAACCCAUCCCACUGUUCAACGUAUGUACCGCCAUUUGUGUGGGACCUGUGGGUCACUCCAUUUUUGCUUGUGCACCCAUGAAUUGAUGUACAUAAGCAGGUGCCGGAGGGUUACUUGUGCUGGUGAGUUAUUUUUUUUUUUUACUUGCCCGUGUGCCCCCUUUUUUUGAAAACAACUUGUAUCUUUUUUGGAAACAUUAUUUAUACAAAAAUUAAAACCAACCUGUUUACUUA